AUGUUCCUCCGCCGUGCCGCUCCUGCGCUUGCCAAGCGUGCUCUCUUCCGCUCUACCGUAACGCGCUCCUUCACCACCUCGAUCACUCGCCGCGAUGCGCGACCGAGCGAAGGCAACCCGGCGCCUGGAGCUACUGAUAAGCUGAUUAAGCCUCUGGAUGACAUCCACAGCGAGCACGACCUUAUGCCUCCGGGAGGUACCCCUGGAACCGUUCCCACGGAUCUCGAGCAAGCGACUGGUCUCGAACGUCUCGAGAUUCUCGGAAAGAUGCAGGGCGUGGAUAUCUUCGAUAUGAGGCCCUUGGAUGCGAGCAGGAGAGGGACCCUCGACAACCCAAUACUGGUCAAAUCGUUCGGCGAUGAGCAAUACGUCGGCUGCACUGGCUCUCCAGCCGACUCCCACGUCGUCAUCUGGCUCACCUGCUCCCGUGAUCGCCCGGUCGAGCGCUGCCCAGAAUGCGGCUCAGCCUACAAGAUGGAGUAUGUUGGCCCCACAGAUGAUGGACACGGACACGGCCACGAUGUGCAUGACUCGAGCGAUGGGCACCACAACUUCGAGGGCGAGCCGAAGACGAUGGCCGAUUUUGUGCGACCGGAGUAUAGAUAG